GAAUUUUUCAAAUAGAAACUAAUUGCAGAGUUUCCAGUUGACCACCAUUCAUAGGGAAGUCUCAAAACUACAACUAAAUUUGGAAAGGGUGUUUGUCACUUGAAAAUUACUCCACUGACAAGAUCUGAAGCAACUGAAUGAAGACAAACACAGAGAUGGUGUGUCUAAGAAAUUUCAAAAGGUGUCGGCCUCCUGAUUGAAGCACAGUCAACUUAUUGGAUUCCUUUUUUUUUUCAUCCAUUUCCGUACUCCUACAAGGGAAAGUCAUGAUUACGCUAACAGAGCUGAAAUGUUUAGCAGACGCCCAGUCAUCUUAUCACAUCCUAAAACCAUGGUGGGACGUCUUCUGGUAUUACAUUACCCUGAUCAUGCUGCUGGUGGCCGUGCUGGCCGGAGCUCUCCAGCUUACACAGAGCAGGGUUCUGUGCUGUCUUCCAUGUAAGGUGGAAUUUGACAAUCACUGUGCCGUGCCUUGGGACCUCCUGAAAGCCAGCGCAAACACAUCCUCUGAUCCUGGGACACCGCUCCCACUUCCCCUCAGAAUCCAGAAUGACCUCCACCGACAGCAGUACUCCUACAUCGAUGCUGUCUGUUAUGAGAAACAGCUCCAUUGGUUCGCCAAGUUUUUCCCCUACCUGGUGCUCUUGCACACACUCAUCUUUGCAGCCUGCAGCAACUUUUGGCUUCACUACCCGAGUACCAGCUCCAGGCUCGAGCAUUUUGUGGCCAUCCUUCACAAGUGCUUCGACUCCCCGUGGACCACGCGUGCCCUGUCCGAAACAGUGGCCGAGCAGUCGGUGAGGCCCCUGACACUCUCCAAGUCCAAGGUUCUGCUUUCGUCCUCAGGGUGUUCAGCCGACGUCGAUUCCAGCAAGCAGUCAUUGCCCUACCCACAGCCUGGCUUGGAGUCGGCCAGCAUAGAAAGCCCAACUUCUAGCGUCCUGGACAAGAAGGAGGGCGAACAGGCCAAAGCCAUCUUUGAAAAAGUGAAAAGGUUCCGCAUGCACGUGGAGCAGAAGGACAUCAUUUAUAGAGUGUAUCUGAAGCAGAUCAUAGUGAAAGUCAUUUUGUUCAUCCUCAUCAUAACUUAUGUUCCAUAUUUCCUAACCUACAUCACUCUGGAAAUCGACUGUUCCAUUGACGUGCAGGCUUUUACAGGAUACAAGCGCUACCAGUGUGUCUACUCCUUGGCAGAAAUAUUUAAGGUCCUGGCUUCAUUUUAUGUCAUUUUGGUUAUACUUUACGGUCUCACCUCCUCUUACAGCUUGUGGUGGAUGCUGAGGAGUUCUCUGAAGCAAUAUUCCUUUGAGGCGUUGAGAGAGAAAAGCAACUACAGCGAUAUCCCUGACGUCAAGAAUGACUUCGCCUUCAUCCUCCAUCUGGCCGAUCAGUAUGAUCCUCUUUAUUCCAAACGCUUCUCCAUAUUCCUCUCGGAGGUCAGUGAGAACAAACUAAAACAGAUCAACCUCAAUAACGAAUGGACGGUUGAGAAACUGAAAAGUAAGCUUGUGAAAAAUUCCCAGGACAAGGUAGAACUGCACCUUUUUAUGCUAAAUGGUCUUCCAGACAACGUCUUUGAGCUGACAGAAAUCGAAGUGCUCAGCCUGGAGCUUAUCCCGGAGGUCAAGCUGCCCUCCACAGUCUCGCAGCUGGUCAACCUCAAGGAGCUUCAUGUGUACCAUUCAUCCCUGGUGGUAGACCAUCCAGCGCUGGGCUUUCUGGAGGAGAAUUUAAAAAUCCUCCGCCUGAAAUUUACUGAAAUGGGGAAGAUCCCACGCUGGGUAUUUCACCUGAGGAAUCUGAAAGAACUUUAUCUGUCAGGCUGUGUUCUACCUGAGCAGUUGAGUACCAUGCAAUUGGAGGGCUUUCAGGACUUAAAAAACCUGAGGACCCUCUACUUGAAGAGCAGCCUCUCCCGGAUCCCUCAAGUCAUUACAGACCUCCUGCCUUCUCUGCAGAAGUUAUCCCUUGAUAAUGAGGGAAGCAAGCUGGUUGUGUUGAACAACUUGAAAAAGAUGGUCAAUCUGAAAAGCCUAGAGCUUAUCAGCUGUGACCUGGAACGCAUCCCACACUCCAUUUUCAGUCUGAACAAUUUGCAUGAGUUAGACCUAAAAGAAAAUAACCUUAAAACCGUGGAAGAGAUUAUUAGCUUUCAGCAUCUCCAGAACCUUUCCUGCUUAAAGUUGUGGCACAAUAACAUUGCUUAUAUUCCUGCCCAGAUUGGGGCACUAUCUAAUCUAGAGCAGCUCUCUUUGAACCAUAAUAAUAUUGAGAAUCUGCCCCUACAGCUUUUCCUAUGCACCAAACUACAUUAUUUGGAUCUAAGCUAUAACCAUCUGACCUUCAUUCCAGAAGAAAUCCAGUAUCUGAGUAAUUUGCAGUACUUUGCCGUGACCAACAACAAUAUUGAGAUGCUACCAGAUGGGCUGUUUCAGUGCAAAAAGCUGCAGUGUUUACUUUUGGGGAAAAAUAGCCUGAUGAGUUUGUCCCCUCACGUGGGUGAGCUGUCGAACCUUACUCAUCUGGAGCUCAUUGGUAAUUACCUGGAAACACUCCCUCCUGAACUAGAAGGGUGUCAGUCCCUAAAACGGAGCUGUCUGAUUGUCGAGGAGAAUUUGCUCAACACUCUUCCUCUCCCUGUAACAGAACGCUUGCAGACGUGCUUAGAUAAAUGUUGACCGAAAGGGGAAAUACCUUUUAAAUGUUUGCCCCAGGGCUUUAAACGAGAGCUAAAAUUUCCUAAGUUAUAACGAUGAAAAAUGGGUAAUAAUUAUGACUAACUAUAACCAGAUGUCUUUAAGGCAACUCAGUGUCUAGCCCUACAUUAAACAGGUAAAAAGUGUUAACACUGAACUAAAAGUUUUGUGAAUCAUUGACUUUUAACUUAUUAAGAUGUGAGAAGUACACUUGGAGGGUGGCAUGGGGGACAUGAAAUUCCUGAGUCUCUCCCUUGCAGUUUUUACCUUGAAGCUUAGGCAUUCUUUCAUCUCCCUCCCCAAUUCCCCGCUACUUACUUACUUGCACACUUGUUUUAACUGACUUCCUGUUUUGGUAUUUAUCACCUCGCUCAUAAAUUCAUCAAUAUAAAUGUCCUUGGUGUACACUCCACACUCUAUGAUUUAUUCUUAAAUAUUUUUAGGCAGGGUGUGCAUUGUGCUUGGCAGAAUUCCUUCUUGGCUUGAUUUUUACUUCCUGUCCCAGCUUGCUCGAGUCUUACUCCAUCUUGUUUUCUCUCAACAACGGUGAGCCCUAAAAAAAAAACAAACAAAAAAAAACUGUGGUGAACCCUGAGAAAGUGCUUGCCUUUGGCCCUUGCAUAGAAAAGGACAGGGUGCUUAGGGCAUGUCCUCCUCAGGGCCUCCUAAAAAUUCAUGUAUUCUCUAAAAUCUCUUCUUGUGUAUCAUCAAAGCCUUUUUUAUUUGCUAAUAAUUUUUAUAUUAAAUGUAAAGCAUAUAAAUAUUUUCUAUUGUAUAAUCUUGGAUUCAAAAUCUGUGAGAAUAAUUUUUGUAAGGUACAGAGAACACAUGCAUUUCUUUAAGAAUUUACUAUUAAUGUGCUUGGUUUGGGCUACUUACGCGUCUCCUACUUGUGUGCAUUCUGCUCCAGAAUGUUUUUGUACUCUGCAACUCAUUACUUUUGGAUAACAAAAGCCUUGUGUUUCAUGCCCUAAAAUAUUUGGGGGGUUUCCUUAUAAGAGGAUGGCCACAUCAUCUACCUCUCUCUUCCCUAGUUGCUGUGCUAUUGUACGGGUACAAUUCUUAAUUACUUCAAAAACUGUGAUGGAGGGGAGAGGUACAGAUUUGACUCCUUAAAACUGACUUCAAAACACUUGGAGAAAUUAAGACUUAAAGCAAAAUACUUUUCUUCUCCAGCUGCAUGAUCUCUAGAUAUGAUUAUAAUGUAAAACACUCGGCCUCUAUUCAGUAUUUAAGAAGAACUCUCAGAGCUCACAAAGUAGAUCCAUUUAACUGAAAUUCAUCUCAUGCCUUUGUCUGACUUUCCUGGAAUACAUUCUGCUCUUUUUUUUUAUAAAGAGCUUUGUGUUUAGCCUUUUAUUAUCAUGCAUGUUUUAAAAUGAAUAAAAUCAAGUGACUCAUUUUUGGGAAAAUGUACAGUUUUACUGUGUUUUUCUCCAGCGGGUCUAGGCAUGAUGAUGCCUGUCUCAUUUGGGGUGUUAAUGAUGAAGUAACCUACUAACUGCACCCAGACAAAACUGGAAAACACUAUGGAUAAAGAGUACUGUAAACAUAGAACUGUGAUGUAUGGUAUGUUGUGUCUUGCUUUGCCUGUUCCAGGAAGAUGAAGAUGAGUCUUGAAAUUGUAGCAAAAUCUGCAGCCCCCCUCACCCGCCACACACCCCUGAACUGCAGCUCAGAAAAAAGAAUUGUCUGCAUCAAAUGUAAUUUGAAUAAUAUUAUAUAAAUCUAUUAACGCCAGAAGCUGCCUAAAAGGUUAUUUUUAUUCUGAAUGAGACAGAGCAGUGUAAAAAUGUUAAUUCCUACCAAAACUUGCCUUUAGUCAGAACAUUCAAGUUCUCAGGGACCCAGGCCUAACUGACGAAACUUUCUUUCAUCUAGGACUUUAGAAAACAGAUUCUGACUGUAUCUAGGGUUUUUUGUUUUCUUUUUUUUAACGUAAGUUAAUGGCCAUUUUAAUGUUUCACACUAAAAUUGUCAGGCGUACUAAUUCCAAAGUUGGAUAGGAUUUAUCUUAAGUUUUGGCUGUGAAUAUGAUACACGAAGAGGUAUCUGAAUGGUUUUGGCCAUAUAAUUAGCCAUAAUAUGAAAAAUCCCACCCUCCUCCAUAAAGAAGAGUUUUCGAAGCAAAUUUCAGAUUGGCUAUCAUUCUCACAAACUACAUAUAACUUCUCCUGCAAAAGUCAUUGACUAAAUCUUCCUCAUCGCUUCUUUCAAUUUCUGGAAGCACAUUACUAUCAGGGUCAGUGAUAAAUACUGUAAGCUGCUUUCCAAACACUGGGGUACAGUUACUGGUGCACGCUUUGUUGUUUGAUGCCAUAGUUUUUAGAUUUCUGUUUAAUCCUACAUACCAGUGUUGAGGUAGCUUUUCAAUUCACACAGCACUGAUGGAAUGAACUGUGAGGCCACCACUUGACACAUGAGGACGUGGUGUUUGAUGUCACCUUUACUGCACUCUUGGAACAGGUGUUUAUUUUGCAAAGUGUCUAUUUUGCAAGUGUUCAAAUUCAUUUCAGAGGCUUUUCAAUGAGGAAAAUGCAGUUUGUCCCAUUAUGAGACUUUAGUUGGCAUUUGACUUCCAAGAAUGCACAGUGCAUGUUCCAAAAAGUCAAUGUGGAUGUUAUUCAGAACAAAGUUGAUGGCUUAUGCUAGCAAUGGCAUAGGUUCGUUUUAUUUACAGACCUACCCAGAUGCACAUAGCUAAGCUUGUGCACACAUAGGGACACACACACCAGAGCAGUUUUGAGCACUCCUGGUGAGGUAUAGUGUUCUUUCCCUAACCUACAUAAAGAUAUGUCUGUGGGGCACACAGAUGUGUGUUUUCAUUCUUCAUCCUCAGUCUUAAUUUUUCUCCCGGGAUGUCACCGUAUUUCACUGUCCCUUAACAAAUGUUUGUGUUAAACAGGGUAAGUAGAGAUCCGUAGGCUCUCAGCACUGUGGCGUAGCUCCAGUUUGUGUGGUAAGCUUACCACUGUGCUAUGGUAAGCUGCAGUGAGUUAUCUGCGUAAUUUUAUUGUUUGAGAGUGACAAUAUUUGUUUCUGUUCUUCAUGUGUUUCAUGAUGUAAAUUUUGUAUGUUUAAAAUAUUGCAUACUGACGGGUUCAGAAACCAUUAAAAUAAUCAAACAGUUAUUCUGUGGAUUUAUAGCUUUAUUUCCUUGUAUUUCCAAUAAAACCCUCCUUCCAUCUUUACAUUUUCUCUUCGUAUUGUCCUAACUGCAUAGGUAUGUUGUUGUCCUUCUCCACUCACUCACCUCCUUAAAUUUGGUCAGCACUUGUACAUAACAGAAUAUAUUUGUGCUAGAGAACUUGGAGUCGUACUUGAGCGUGUAUUUAUUUGGGGGGAAACCAAGGCCUAUAAUGAUGCCUGAUAUAGAAGCCCCACUUUACCCAUCCCUGCAGUAUUUAGAGCUGAUUCAAUCAAUGAUCUCUCAUGCCUACCAAAAGCAUGAGAAUAUAACUGUAAGUCCACUUGGUUUCCCAGAACUGUAUAUUGCAUCAAAAUCUGUGUUUAUUUCUUUCUGGAAACAAGAGGAAGGCCGGUGGGAGGGGGAGGAGCUAUUUUGUAUCCUCACUUGAAUUAUGAAGACAUUAUAUACAUGAAAUGGGAUAAACUAAUGACUGUUGGAAAUGCCCUGGAUAUAAUUAUAUCUUAUGUUCAGUCGAAUGUGAAAGCAGUGAAAACCUGCGGUCCUAUUUAAUUGGUUUCCUCUUGUUCCUGAUCCAUCACUUCUACAUCCACUGGGAACUAUCUCCUCAGUACCUUUGGUAAUGGACUACAUUCUCUUCAACUUUAUAUAUAUAUAUAUAUAUAUAUAUAUAUAUAUAUAUAUAUAUGAACAAUUUCAUCAACACUAAAGCAUUAAUGCAGAAUAUAUGAGUUAACGUACUGAGUUGAGAUGGCUUCCAGUUGACCUUCAUUCAUAUUUCAGCUUUGCAUUUGACUUGUAGAAUACCCCACUGCUGAGAAAAACAAUUAUGAAUGUCUCCUGCAUGUUGUAUAUUAUCUCUAACAGAGAUGGUGCAAUUUAAAAAAAUACAAAGGGGCAUAGAAUUAGAAUGGAUAUGUUUGUGCAUAUGUGUUGUGUAUAAGCCUAAAUAUUUAUGUUUGAAAUAUUUUUAAAGCUCUGCAAAUGUUUCACUCUGAGUGAAAUAACGGGCCAAUCUUGGGUGGAAACAUUUGCUUAGGUUAGCUUCACGGUGAAAGCUAGCAUUUAUUAUUUUAUCUUUGUCACGUAUUUUCUCAAACACGUACGUGCUCGGGUUUUGCUUCUGGUAAUGAAUUAUUAGAAAAUAUAAGAUCAUGUUGUGAGUUGAAUGUUUUUGGCCCUCAGGUUUACCAUGUAGUAAAUCUGCAUUUUGGUGGUGAAUCCCUUUGCCUGAGAUUCAGUGGUUUUUGGUAAACUUUCCUGUUUUAAAGUAGCUUUUGUGUAAAGUAAAGAUUCCGUUUUUAUAACAAAUGGCAAAUAAAAAGAGAUUAAAUGUU